CGGUCCUGUCCCAGUUCUUCGAGUCGGACCAGUCUGAGCAGAUCCACCGUCUCACAUCAACUGCUGGACGAAAUGGACUUCUCCAUCCGGGCCGCGAACGUGGAGGACUGCAAGGACAUCGCGCGGAUGAUCAGGGAGCUAGCAGAAUACGAGAAAGUGUCUGACCACAUUAAAGUCACUCAGAAAGGCCACACAAAGAUAGGCUAUGCACUUUAUUUCUAUUCCUACAGCUCAUGGUCAGGAAGAGCUGUUUUUAUGGAGGACUUGUACGUCAUGCCAGAGUUCAGAGGGAAGGGCAUUGGUAAAGCGCUUAUGAGCAAGGUGGCCCAACUGGGCCUGGCUGCUGGCUGCAACCAGCUCAAUUUUACGGUUCUGGACUGGAACAAAUCAUCUCUGGACUUCUACGUCAGCCAGGGCUGCUUCAACAUCACAACUGAAAUGGGUUAUCACUGCAUGCGCUGCGAGGGAAAGGCACUGGAACAUCUGGCUCAACCAUAAUCAACUCUGAGCUCGUGACCUUACGACCUUUGGAACCACGAGAUCAACUCGGAACAAUACAACACUUAGGGGUCCACUAAAUAAAACAAAUAAAAAAGCUCAGUCUGCUAAAGCCAUCCUAAAACAUGUAUCAGAUUUAUCACUCAUAUUUGAACACUUAGAUUUUCAUGCUUCCUUGGUUAUCCUGGAUUAAAUUAUGGGUAACAGUUUUUAUACGUUUACUUUAAAAUUAAUUUAUUAUUAAGGGUUAUUUGCAC